UUGUGUCUCUGCAGAAUGCAAAGCUUGUUGUCAGUGACGCUGCUGCUGCUUCUGGUCCUGGCGCCGCCGGCCGAGGCCAACAGGAAGGCCAAAGCCCACAGAGGUGGGAAACAGGAUAAAACCCGACCGGCCUCAGAAUGCUCCGCUGCAGAGACUCAGUACGGGAAGUGUGUCCCCGAACACGGAGACUGUGGAGCCGGUCUGAGGGAGUCCACCUGCAGGGAUCUCACGGACCAGAUCCACUGCAAGAUCCCCUGUAACUGGAAGAAGGACAUCAGUGACUGUAAGUACAAGUUCGGGCCGUGGGGGUCCUGUGACACCGACACCAAGAGCCGGUCCGGAGCCCUGAAGAGGGCGCUGUUCAACGCCGAGUGCCAGCCCACCGUCACGGUGUCCAAACCCUGCUCCCCCAGAGCGAAGAAGACCAGGACCCGGGGAGAGAAGAAGACGAACUGAAGGAGGACCAGAAGAAGAGUUC